AUGGUUGUCCACGUUCAUGUACUUCUCAUACUUGUGUUUACCGGCUGCGUGACAGCCCCAUUUGUGUCGCGAUUACAAUGCCCAGACGUUCCUGUCAUUUCUGACUUCAACAUUAAACGGUAUGCGGGCACAUGGUACGAGAUCGAAAGGUUUGACAAUCCAUUGCAGGUUGACACAAGGUGUAUUUCAUACAAAUAUUUCCCAAGACGGAACGGCAACAUGAGGGUAUCGUACACUAGGUUGGAGAUGUCAGUGAAUAAAACAACGACGAGAGGCAUCCUCAGACAAGUAAAUGCUCGACGUCCUAACUAUUUCAAACUUACACUCGAAGCCAUUCGGGGUCUGGCUCAAAACGUCAUCUACACGGACUACAAAAGACAUGCCGUGCUGUAUGGCUGUGACGACGCCACUAAUCUAGAAUGGGCAUUUAUAUUGUCCCGGAAUAGACAACCUCGUAGAAGAAAGAAAUGUUUGUACAAGUACUUAACAGACCUGGGGGCUCAGGUCAACCUACUUGUCCCUUCAAAUCAGACCGGAUGUGAUAUGUUGUAA